CAUUUGCCGCUUUGAAACUGCCGCAUGCCACAACAUUUCGGGGAUACGAAGCAAUCAAAAACCUAACCUACCUACAUGCAUAUUCCGAGCACUCCACCACACCCUUAAAACACCCCAAAAAAAUAUAAACAAACUAUUACCAUGAUAAACAGUUCACUAUUUGGCGUCCUAAUCUUAUGGAUAGCAACUACAUCGUUUAUGUUUGUUACAUUAGUUAGUGCUGAAAACUAUACCAGUUUUUCACACAAUAACAUAUACCAAGUGACAGAAAAUAGGAAGUUGGUGGGUGCAGAGAGAAAGUUUGUGAGUUUUAUAAAGGAAUAUGGGAAAGAGUAUAAUACAAAGGAAGAAUAUGUACGCAGGUUGGCAAUUUUUGCGCGGAAUUUGGUCAGGGCCGCUGAGCAUCAGGCAUUGGAUCCCACGGCGGUCCACGGUGUUACGCCGUUUAUGGACUUGUCUCCGGAAGAGUUCGAGACCAGGUUCACAGGCCUGAGGCCUAGUAGAAGCGGUCGCGGCGCCGGUGAUGGAUUCAUGAAUAGUGAGGGGCUUAGGCCGGAGGCACCUCGGUUGGAUGUUCGUGGCUUACCCAAGAGUUUUGAUUGGAGGGAGAAAGGGGCUGUUACUGAUGUCAAAAUGCAGGGAACAUGUGGAUCGUGUUGGGCUUUUAGCACCACCGGAGCUCUUGAAGGAGCUAAUUUUAUUGCGACAGGAAAGCUAUUAAAUCUUAGUGAACAACAGCUCGUGGAUUGUGAUCACAAGUGUGAUGUGAACAAGAAACACGAGUGUGAUAACGGGUGUCAUGGCGGUCUUAUGACCAAUGCCUACAACUACUUAAUGGAGGCAGGAGGCCUAGAAGAAGAGGAUUCUUACCCUUACAGUGGCAAACAAGGCAAAUGCCAAUUUGACCCCGACAAGGUGGCUGUGAAAGUUGCAAACUUCACCACUAUUCCAAUCGACGAAGAACAAAUUGCUGCCUAUCUAGUUCAUCAGGGUCCUCUUGCAGUUGGGUUGAAUGCUGUGUUCAUGCAAACUUACAUUGGCGGAGUAUCGUGUCCCUUAAUAUGCGGAAAGCGAUGGAUAAAUCACGGUGUUUUGCUCGUUGGGUAUGGCGCGAAGGGCUACUCGAUUCUGAGGUUUGGUUACAAGCCGUAUUGGAUCAUCAAAAACUCAUGGGGCACGAAAUGGGGAGAAAAUGGAUACUAUAAACUGUGCAGAGGCCAUGGUAUGUGCGGCAUCAAUACAAUGGUCUCCGCGGUGGUUACUCAGCCCUCAUAAGUUAAUUAUAUAACCAUUUGUUGCUCUCAUUUAGUUUGAAUGGACAAAAAUGCAGUAACAACUAUAGCAAGCAUGGUCAAUCAGGUUUUAAUUAGGCCCAUUAGGUUUUGUUUCCUUUUUUUCACAGAAUGGUUCUAGUUGUAGGACAUCAAGUUUCUACAUUAGUGUAUUGUUUUUUUUUCUUCUGUUUUUAGCAUCUUGACAAGGUGUUUGAUAAAAGUGAAGGAUGUUUAUGUUUUGUUAGACAUGCGCUAGUUUUUGCUUCAAGUCUGUCAUAUCUUCGGGUAUACCUAAAGAAUGUAAUAGUGUAAAACUAUAUUUUCUAGUUUCCACUAUCAACUUCACACAUAGGAUAUAGAUCCGGCUGUUGUUUAGCUCAAA